AUGUCGACCAAGGUCUUCAGCGGCUACCACGCCAUCGCGUUGCCUCUGCCUCACAGCUCGUUCCAUCGCUUCAUCUACGCCAAGCAGCACGACGCAAAACCCGGUGCCAAUGCUGAGUCCGUUCUAGCCACUGGCCGCACCGCGUACCUCGUGAACCUGCCUGCAUAUGCGUCUGAGCAAUGGCUACGUGCGUGUCUGGAGUCUGUGGGCGCCAUCCAGCACGUUGUGGCCGGAUCGGGCGGUUUAUUCGACGAGGAGGACGAUGAAGAAGAUGCUGCAACUGAUUGCGUAGUCAAUCGCACCGCUCACGUGGUAUUUAAAGCCGAGGAAUCGCUGGACAAGAUGUUGCAGGCGGAUGCUCUGGAGACGCCUGCACCACAAAAGCCCUGUGGCCUGCAAGCGUAUGCGGCCAAGUACCGACGCAACCGUCCGGGUUUGUCGGUGAUCAAGGAGACGGCGGACCGCUACAUGGCGACGUUCGACGAGAUGGAGGCGGAAGACUUGCGUCGUCGUGAGGAGCUAAAGAACGAGGUGGACGACGACGGAUUCCAGACGGUAGUGAACACCAAGAAGCGCGGAAUUGUGCAGACGGAGGAGGUGCUAGGCAGGCCAGCCAAGAAGCAGAAGAGCAAGGAGCUCGACAACUUUUACAGGUUCCAGACGCGCGAGAAGAAGCGAACCCAACUCAAGACACUUCGUGAACGCUUCGAAGAAGACCGUCAAUUGGUUGACAAGAUGAAAAAAGCCAACAAGUUUAGACCCGAGUAA